GCAUAGGGCGGUGACGAAGGAAGGCUUUUUUUGCCUGGGCUCCGUAUUCCAAUCAUUGGUCGGCCAUGGCACCCGCGACCCUCUUCUCGGUUCUUGUGGCAUUGCUGGCUACAUUAUAUGGCGUCCUUGUUUUCCUCACCCCGCCUCCGAUAAAAUCUACGCCUUCCGAGCUAACGUACCGCACUCGGCUCUCGUCCGAGCCUCUCCCACUCCCUUCCAUUCACGAUGCACCAUCAGUCGACCUCACCGUGGUUGUCCCUGCGUACAAUGAGGUCAAUAGACUCCCCGCCAUGCUCUCCACGGCAGUGCGCCACCUCUCUGCACUACAAUCCGUUGUAGGCCGGACCUACGAGAUCCUCAUCGUCGACGACGGCUCCACGGACGGUACCGCUGAGUUCGCGCUGAAGCUCGCGGAAGAGGAGUACCCUGCCUCUGAUAUCAGGGUGGUGAAUCUGAAGAAGAACUUGGGAAAGGGUGGAGCGGUGCGGCAUGGCAUGCUGCACGGGCGUGGAAGGAAGUUGUUGAUGGUGGACGCCGAUGGAGCAAGCCGGUUCCAGGACCUGGAGGAUCUCUGGCUAGCGCUAGAUAAGCUCGCGCCGAAGAAUCAUGCUGCGGCUGCCAUCGGUAGCCGUGCUCAUCUCGUGAAAACGGAGGCGGUCGUGAAGCGUUCGCCCCUUCGGAAUGUCCUCAUGUACGGGCUGCACACCAUCCUACGCAUCGUCGGGGUUGGCCACAUUCGCGAUACUCAAUGCGGCUUCAAGCUCUUCACCCGUGCCGCCGCGCAACAAAUCUUCCCCCAGCAGCACCUCACGACGUGGAUCUUCGACGUCGAGAUUUUGCUCAUCGCGAAACAAAUGGGAAUCCCCGUAGCGGAGGUGCCAAUCGAAUGGCACGAGAUACCUGGGAGCAAGCUGAACGUGGUGGUAGACAGCUUGCAGAUGUUGAGAGAUCUUCUUGUGAUGAGGAUCAACCAAAUGCUAGGCAGAUGGAGGGUUGCAGUGUAAAAGAGUGAUCUGCUAUGGAUGUAGACGGUAUCGGCAUAACUUAUUCGCAAUAAUGGACGGUUAUGGAAAGCAUGAGGACCAAGAGGGAAUUCAUAGGAAUCGCUCAAUCAGACUCAUCGUCCCCCAAGAACGCCGUAAUGCUUUUACGCGCAGCAUUCGGACCCUGAAGUCGCUUCGCCCUCUUCUUCUUCGGCUCAUCAUCGUCCCCUU